UAUUAUUGUAGGAACUGAAUUGUCUUCCUGAUUUCAAAACAGCAAUAGCAAUAGUGUUGGUUUCUAUUAAAAUAACACUGUAAAAUCCACUCAGCUAAGCGUUAGCAUGUCUGUUUUGCUAGCUAGCUAGCUAAACAACGCGAGUAACGUCGUUCUCAACUUUAACACAUUAAAUUAAAUUUCUUAGUUUAUUCCCCAAGUAAAUACUUUUUUUUUUGUUUUUUAAAAACCAAAUUAGCGACCACAUUCUUUUUCACAAAGGAUGUCUCAGUCGCAAGACAAGACUGUCUGAGGUGGGAUAAACAUAGCUCACGCCACUCCGCGGCUUCAGUGUUUUUGGCUUGUACAAUAAUGUGACAGCAGUCCUGCAGAAACAGAAUGGACAGAGAAUUGUUGCGGCAAUGUCUGACGUAUCAUGGAGAAUCUCUGUUCAACAAACUGAAAUGUGAACAGACGGAGAACCCAGACUUCCAAGCCGUGGUGUCUGACUUGUGUAAGGCCACGUAUCAAAGGGGUGAAGAGAAGAGCAACCCACUUGUGGAGCAGUUCAUUGCCAGGAAAGCGGACAUCUUGUUCUGUCCAGCAUGGAAGACUGCUACUCUUCAAGAAGAGGAGCACGAGGAGGAAGAGGACGCUGCAGAGCCCUAUGCCGUCAUGCCACCAGUGGAGUUAUUUAUGGAGGUGUCAUACGAGGAGAGACGAUCCAUGAUGUACAGGGACUUGGAAAGAGGAGACAUUGUGGUGGGGAGGAUCAACAAUAUUAGAGAAUAUGGCUUCUUUCUCACUCUGCUCUGCAUGGCAGGAGGUCUGAAGAGAGACAUAGAGGACCUUGAGCUGUCGGCUCUGUGUCAUGUCAGAGAAAUUCCCUCCAGUGGCAGCCAUGAUGAUCCCCUGUCCUACUACCAGACUGGGGACUUCAUCAGAGCUGGAGUGAAAGACAUUGACCGCUACCAGGAAAAAAUCACUGUGUCCCUCCAUCAGACUUCUCUGUCUUCCAGCUUGAAGCACAUCAAACUGGGGGUCAUCACCCGGGAGGAGCUGCCCAUACACUACAGUCGUAGCGUUCGAGCAGCCAGUGACUCCAGUGAGACGUAUGAGUGUAUACUGACAAGUUGCCAUGGUUACCACAACCCAUCUGUAGUGGACUACCUGCUGGAGAAGGUGGGAGUCAGUGACACCCACCCGCCAUCAAUGAUGCGAGGACUACAGAGUAAACUUUUCCAAGAGGAGGAUUUUGCCUUAGCAAUCAGGAAGAAGCAGUCUGCAUCAUGGGCUUUGAAGUGCGUCCGUGCUGGUGUGGACCACUUCAAACACAGUCGUCAUGUAGAAGCCAUGAAUGAAUACAACAAAGCCUUGGAAAUUGACACUAAUAACGUAGAAGCUCUGGUGGCACGUGGAGCUCUAUAUGCAAACAAGGGGAGCAUCAUGAAGGCUAUAUCAGACUUUGAGCUGGCUCUGGAGAGCUGUCCAGAUCACCGCAAUGCCAAGAAGUACCUCUGCCAGACACUGGUGGAAAGAGGAAAACAGCUUGAAGAACAGGAGAAACUAGUAACAGCGGAGGGACUGUACCGGAGAGCUCUGUCUCUGGAUGACUCAAGCCCUGAGGCGCAGGAGGCCCUGCACAAGAUCACAGACACUAUACAGAAAUCGAUCCGCCUCCGAGAAGAAGCGCUGGCUAAGGAGCAGGUCAAAACUAAGGGCAGCCAGACCAGCGCUGAGAAAUUACGUAAGAUCUUAAAAGAGGAAAAGAGGAUGAAGAAAAAACGCAAACGAUCAGCCUCUUCUUCUUCCUCAUCCUCUUCUUCCUCUAGGAGCUCCUCUUCUUCUUCAUCUUCCUCCUCUCGCAGGAGGUCCAAAAAGAAAAAAAAGAAGCGGAGGAGGUCUGAGCGCGGAAGUAAACGCCAUCGCAGGAUCUCCUCACGGGAGAGCAGGAGGAGCGAGGAGGGUAAGAGCGACAAAGACAGGAAAGAAAAAGAGGAGGACGAGGUGGAGUGGUAUCCCGCACCUCCCAACACGUCUGCCACUUUUCUCAACCAAGAGGGAGUCCUGGGGUUCGGAGCAAGGGAUGGGGGAGAGGGAGAGGGGAAGGACGCUGAAGAUAGAAGGAUCAGCCAGCUGUACUCUUUGUCAGCAGCUUCAGACGAGGAAGAAUCUGACUCCUCACGUAGAGAAAGAAAGAGAAAGGACAGAGAGGAGAGCAGGAAAAGGAAAAACAGCCUGAGCAGAGGCCCAGAAAGAGAAGAGAGAAGGAGCAGAAGUAGAGAAAGAAGGGAGAAGAGCAGGGAGAGAGAAAAAGAGGAUAGCAAGAGCAACAGGAGAGACAGUGACUUCAAGAGGAGAAGUAGCAUAGACAAGAAUCGAAAACUGUCCUGCUCGUCUGCUGAGCUGGAGUAUUCCUGGAAGUCUAGUUCCCGAUCUGACUAUUUAGGAAACUCUGGUUCUGCUUCCAAACUCCCAGAGAACAGGGCGAGACGUGACUCAUCAACUAGGAACUCCUUUGACGGCGGUAGGUAUGAGAACAGAGAGAGGCAGGAAAAAGUGGAAGAGGCAAAAAGAGAGAAGGACGGCAGGAAGGUUAGAGCAGAGGAAGAGAGCAGCACAUCAGAUCGAGGACAUGGGAAAAAAUCUGAAAAUCACAAUGAGCAGAACAGUGUGAGGCCUAAAAAAGACGUCCCCGCCAACCUGCUGGAUAUUUUUAACCAGAUUGCCCAGUUUGAGAAAGAAAAAGGAGGGAAGCUGAAAAAAUAGCUCCAAUACAAAAAAACCCACAGUAUGCAACUAUUACAGAAACAAUAUGAAAUGGAUGUUUGUGCCACAAAAUCACUCGCUGCACCUAAUCAAUGAUCAGAUCUGAUGCUGACUGAAUGUCUCCAGUCGUUGUAAGCUACCUUCAGUGUUGGAGAAAAUGAGCCAUUUUACUUUGGAAAGUCUUAUUCUUUAUGGUGAAUUUAAGGUCUGCUGUAGUAAUUAUUGGAAAGUAACUUGUCCAAAUGUAAUAAAAUGUGCUCCUAAAUGACGACCGAUAUAUUAUUUGUAAACAAGGAAGACAGAUUGAUAAUGAAAAUCUAUUGCAGUAAAAUGAAAAUUUCGCUGUCAAAAUUUGGAAUAACACAAAUUCCACGACAAAAUUUUACAGAAAUGUCAUUACAAAUAAUUAAAAGAGAACCUUUUAGCAUUCAUCCCUUCGGUGUUGAUAGGCUAUUACUCGUCAAUACUCUUUCGGUAUCUCUUUCAUCUGCCUAUUUCGAGGGUCAUUUUGUGUACAUUUUGACAAGUUAUGACAUUAUUUUGCACUACAGGCUUUAUUAUCUCUUGUUUUGUGAUGCUAAGUUGAGACUUUUUGCUGUUGAAGACGAUGACUGCCUUAUGUUUACUACCGCGUGCCAUGUUGUGCGUUCUUUAUAUGGCUUGUUAAAACUCUUCCCAAACAACCUGACUGUUAGCGCUGUAGUACUUUUUUUUUUUUUUGACCAGCUUCACACAAAGCAAAUGUUCCAGCUGGAUUCCAACUCAUUUGUUCAUGUAGUAAAAUAAACUCACUCAAUAAAGCAUUCAAAACGUCA